AUGAUGGACAUGGAGAAGCUCUACAGCCCUCCAUCGCCGCUGGACCACUGCGUGCUGGACAGUCCUCUGUGCACAGACUUCAUCGGGGGAAUUAAAGACCUUCAGUCCAUCUCUCAGUCUAUGGAUGAGGAUGCUCUCAGCAGCUUGGAGGUGACCGAGAACCAGUCGUCGGGUCUGGGCUCCGGAUCGGAGAGCUCCACUGCGUUAGAUGCACUGACUCCGGCGUCCAGCCCGUCGUCGGGGGGGUACGGUGGCCCGGCGGGUCAGGACGAGUUCACCUCCACCUCUCUGACCCUGGAGUGUCGCGUGUGUUCGGACCGGGCGUCAGGAUAUCACUACGGGGUUCACGCGUGUGAGGGCUGCAAGGGUUUCUUCCGCCGGACCAUUCGCCUCAAACUGGAGUAUGAUAAAUGUGAACGCCGCUGUAAGAUCCUAAAGAAGAACCGAAACAAAUGCCAAUACUGUCGCUUUCAGAAGUGCCUGUCUGUGGGCAUGUCCCACAAUGCCAUCCGCUUUGGACGAAUGCCACAGUCGGAGAAGCUGAGGUUGAAGGCAGAAAUCCUAACGGGAGAACGAGAGAUCGAGGACCCACAGCUGGCAGAUCAGAAAACCCUGGCCAAGCAAAUCUACGAGGCCUACCUGAAAAACUUCAUUCUCAUGGUUUUGCAGCCGUUUGUCAUCCACGACAUGGAGACGCUGCAGCUGGCCGAACAGACUCUUGUGGCCAAGAUGGUAGGCUCUUCUGAAGCGCUGCUGAAUAAAGACGCUGAGGUUCGGAUAUUCCACUGCUGUCAGUGCACUUCUGUCGAGACGGUGACCGAGUUGACUGAAUUCGCCAAGUCCGUGCCAGGAUUCUCAAACCUGGACUUAAAUGACCAGGUGACUUUAUUAAAGUACGGCGUCCACGAGGCGCUCUUCGCCAUGCUGGCGUCGUGCAUGAAUAAAGACGGUCUGCUGGUGGCGUACGGCAGUGGCUUCAUCACCAGAGAGUUUCUCAAGAGCUUGCGACGGCCCUUCAGUGAAAUGAUGGAGCCCAAGUUUCAGUUUGCUAUGAAGUUCAACUCCCUCGAACUGGACGAUAGUGACCUCGCACUGUUCGUCGCUGCCAUCAUCUGCUGUGGAGAUCGGCCGGGUCUGGUGAACGUCCCGCACAUCGAGCGAAUGCAGGAGAGCAUCGUAAACGUGCUUCAUGUGCACCUCAAGAGCAACCAUCCAGACAACGGCUUCCUCUUCCCUAAAGUCCUGCAGAAACUGGUGGACCUGCGUCAGCUGGUGACGGAGCACGCUCAGCUCGUGCAGCAGAUCAAGAAGACAGAAGACACUUCGCUGCAUCCCUUACUGCAGGAGAUUUACAGAGACAUGUACUGAGGCGGCUCUGACUCCUUCGUCUGCUUCAUUUCUAGAAAAAGACUGGCUCGGAGAGGGCCAUUUCUCUCAAAACAAGUCCUCUCCACAGCUACACUGUGAUCUUUUAUCAUGUGAACCACUAUUUCGGGGAUUUCUGGAUGAAAACGGCAGAAACAUCAGGGUCCUUCGUUACCGCUGAGUGAAACAAUGGUUUCUGCGGUAAUUGAGAAAAACAAGACAAUGCCAAUUAAAAUGCAUCCUGUGGGUUUAGGAUCUCUUUUUUCGGGGGAUAUUUUAUAAACACUUACUGGUCUCUUGGACCUGAAGCUGUGAAUAGAAACCAUAAAAUACAACUUAUUCAUACAGCAAUAUGAUUUUUUUUUUAUAUUGAUGCUGUAAGUUUUCAUAGUGCAUGCUUUAAAUCAGUUUUCACCCAAGUGACUUCCACACACACCUGCCGUAAUUAUUGAAACUGACCCUACUUUGUAACGCUACAGGGAUUUCUGCUUCGUCUUGAACACAGAACUAAUGUUUUUGAUCACGCAAACCUGGGAAGAACAAAAAUGUGACGCAGAAUAAUUCAUCUCAAACAUCGUCCAGCCAUCGUUUUUCAACAUUUGCAAAUGUCUAGCGGCUUCAUUUCCCCAAUAUUACAGUCUCAGUCCGUAACUGCAGUUUUCGAGUUAUAAAAUGCAGUGCUUAAACAUAAAACAGAUCAAUACCUCAUGACCUAUGACUUCUGUGCGCUCCAUGUUGUUUACAGUAAUCUACUGUUUAAAGGGCUAAAGUAGCGAGAAAACUACAAAUUAGAUCUACAGCAUUUAUACUCUGCACAAAAAAAAUAGAGUGAAAUGCAAUGCAUUAAUAUUUGAUCGAACCAUGCAUGUUAAAGAUGCAAUAGAUCUGAAUCCAGCGAUUUAAGAAGUUUUAGUUCUGGGCAUCAUUCUGUGUAGAGCUUGCAUUUUCUUCCUCGUGAAUUU